AUGGCUAUCCACUGCCUGGACCUUCAACUCCGCAUUUCACACGAAAGAUCUUACCGGAUGCUACGCGUCAAGUCCAUAAAACUGCAUUUCUAUGUGCCCGAAGAUUACGUUCAAGCCUACGCCACCGGCCAGAAAUAUCCCGUCGUCGUCAAUUUUCAUGGCGGCGGCUUCUGUAUCGGACGAGCGACGGAUGAUGCGCGGUGGGCGCGAAUCGUCACGGACAUCACGAACGCAGUGUUUGUAAGCGUGGAGUAUCGUCUAGCACCGGAGCAUCCGUUCCCAGCGGCCGUCGAUGAUGGCGUCGACGCCCUCCUCUAUCUUCAGGAACAUGCUGCCGAACUACACCUUGACAUCAGCCGAGUCACAAUCACCGGCUUCUCAGCAGGAGGAAACCUGGCAUUCUCAGUUCCACUCCGCCUCCGAUCCCUCUUUUCCGAACUUGACCCCCCCAGUGCGCCCAAUGGCCUCCCCCCACCCUCUAUCAACAACGACAGCCGUCCCGAUUUCCUUCGUCACGACUCAAGCCAUAAACUCCUAACCACGUCCACAGCCACAACCACCACCACCAAACUCGACCUCAAAAUCGUCUCCAUCGUCUCCUGGUACCCGGUCCUCGACUUUGUUCUUCCGCGAGACGUUCGCCGCAACCGCAGCGCCUUCCCCGACAAGUCCCUUCCCGAGUGUCUCACCAACCUCUUCGACGACAGCUACCUUCCCAACCACGCUGACCGCUCAUCACCUUUUGCCUCUCCCAUCCACGCACCGGGAAGCUUGCUCGCCGAAGCCUUGCCCACCGAUCUCUUCAUCUACAUGUGUGAAUGGGACAUGCUUCUCCACGAGGGCCAGGAGUUCGUGCAGCAUUUGGAAAAACAAGGGAAAAACGUGCGGUCGAUGAUGAUUGAACAGUCGAAACAUGCGUGGGAUAAGUCUGUAAAUCCGUUUAGGGACCAGGGGAGGAUUGAUGUGUUUUACCUGGCGGCGGCGGAGCAUAUGAGGAGGAUUUUUACAGAAAGCCUUGACUCUUGA